AUGGAGUCAGAGAAAGAAAAAUUAAUUCAGGCGUUUAUUGAUUAUAAUGUGAUUUUUAUGGAGUUUGUGAGAGAAGUAAAUACAAAUUUUAAGGGCUGGAGGAGGAUUUAUGAGACUUUUAAUUAUAGAGUGGAAGAUUUAAAAAGACAGUAUGCAGAAGUUUUAGAGGAAAAUGAAUUUAUGGUGACUGGGUAUGAUUUGUUGUCGGCAAAUAAAGAUUGGUUGAAAGUUAUUUUGUAUUAUGCAUUUAAUCAGCAUUGAAAAGAAUUCUACCGCCCAUAUGAAUAUUUUAAAAAUAAAAGGCACAAGAAUGACUUGAUUUCUUAUAUGAAUGCACUCAUAUCUACCGAAUUUCUAGAUUUAGCAUUGAAUAAUACAGAUGAUGAGCUGCUAACAUCAGUACUAAGAACGUCAAUGCUCUAUUUUUAUACGAAAGCGCCAAAUUCAUGAGUUAUUCAAUUUAAUCAGCUGAGAGACAAUUUUAAGUCUUCUGUUUUCAUCAGAGGAGAUCUAGAAAUUAAAGAAAGACUUCGAGAACUUUCUCAAAAAAGCGUGAUUUUGUCAGCUUUUGGGCAGCUUAAAGCUUUGUAUUCUGAUUUAGAAAUAACUUCAACUUGCCAGGAAUUAUUCAACUACACAGCUGACAAUUUUUGCUAUUGCCCAUUACCUUCGAAUCUAUAUGGUCUAACUGCUUAUGGAAAUCAUAUUUUUAUUAAUACCUCCUUAAGACCCUAUUCCAGCAACCAGCAAGUAGCCUCUCUCAUAACUUUAAUACAUGAGUGUGCCCACCUUUCCUGAAGAAUAGGAAAAGAUAGAAAUAUAUAUUUCAAUAAUACACCUACAAGGGAAAUAAUGUACGGCAAGCAAAAUGCCACCGAAUCUGAAAUUGGCAACCAAUUCGAAUUUCUUGUGUUUGGAACAAACUUAAAACAAAUAAAUGAUUACUCAGUAGAGUUUUUGUGGAAUAUCGAGAAUUGAGACCUACCUCAUGAUGAAUUUAAGAAGAGAUUAAGAAUAGCGUUAAAUAGAGAUACAACUGUGUGCGGGGCAGGAUUUACAGUAGGAAAAACAGCAUGCUCAGGAGAAGGAACAUAUAUUGGAUCAUGCUAUACAUCAUUUGGAGUUUCAAAAAUAAAUUAUGAAGAUAAAGAUAAAGGAACUGAAGAAAGUGGAGGUGAAGAAGAACUAGAAGAUGAGGGUGAGCAAGAAUAA